CCUUCCAUAAAUCGUGACUGUUGGAUCAAUCUCAUGGUCUUAAAUUUAAAAGUAAAUAAAAUUAGAAAAUGAAGUUUAAUCCCGAUUGACCAAAUCCCGUGAACGACACAACCACCACCACCACCAACUUAACGGUUCUCAUUCUAGAUUACCGGCGACGCAGUGGCGGACACACGGUGGUCAGGGACACGGCAGCAGGUGACAUUGUGUACGGAAACGCAGCGAAAACACAGCGACGGUGAAGAGGCAGUCGACAACGCAGCGAAAACACAACAACAGUGAAGACGGCAGUUGACGCGUGAAAAAGGGUUGUCAUAUUGUUUGUAAAAGGGGUUCAUGGAUGACUGCUUUAUUAUCAAAUUACUGUGUAAACCAGGAAAAUCAAUAAACAAGAAAAAUCGAUAUUGAUGUUGUAUCAUUAAACCAAAGCAUAUUGAUAUUGCUAUUGCUAUUGUACCACUGUUACUGGGAGCCUCAUCUUGGAAUUGCAGGUUUAGAUGUGGAAGAGAAAGAGGAACAAGUUUACUGUUGGAUGACAUGUCUUUUUGUUUGUUAGUUUCUCAUCCAUUGGAUUAAUCUGAUGGUCAAGAUUUGGAGAAGGAGAGAGAAGGAGACAAUUGGGGAUGGAGAGAAGGAGACAAUCUGAUGUUCCUUCUACCUUGGUCACUCGUCAAUCGUCAUUCCUCUCGUCGACGUUCACGCCGCUGUUCUCACUAUCUUCUUCCUGUAUUGUUCCACAGCUUUCACUUUUUCUCGUCAUUCUUAUCAUCUCUGCAAAGUUUGUUUAUAUCACAACUUUUGCAGUGCAAAUGGAAUUUUACUGUCAUUGAAGAGAGUUAGUCUGGAAGUUUUUUUGGGGGGAAGGGUCUCGAAAACACUGAUCGUUUAGAUAGCUAUUGGUUCAAAUCCUCAAAGAAAAAACUAAUGUCAGGCUCAAGGUAUCUCGUCAGUAAUGGCAUCCUUUCACACACCUUAGAUGUUCCUCCAGUCAAACUCUUACUUGAAGCUCAUCCAGGUGCAUACACGACUUCACGUACUCACAAUAAUGCUUCAUGCUUGUUAUUUUGGGAGAGACACGUGAAAAGACUUUCAGAAUCUUUACAAAUUCUGUCAAAUUUGGCACCACAACUUUUAUUUAAAUCUAAUAAUGCUGCAAGUUUGCUGCCAUUGUUACCAAAUUUUCCAGUUUCGCAACCUGCAUUGCAGAUGCUUGUUGAUGAUUCAUUGUGGAAGGUAUUGCCCAUUGCAUUGAAAGAGAAGGUUGAUUCCGUGGAGCUUGCCAUUACAACUCUUGUUAGUGGAAAUUUGGAGGAACUGAAUGUAUGUGACAGUGGGACAAUAAGGGAGGAAAAAAUGAGUAAAGUUUUUAAUGUACAUGUGCAUAUUGAGACUUAUGUUCCUCCUCAAUUUGGUAUCCGGGGAAAUGGUGCACAUUUAGCCGUUGCAGGCUAUGGGAGGAACGUUGCAGCUGCAAAAUAUUCAGAUUGGGUAAGGAUUAGGAAGACUCUGGAGAAACUCAGACCUCCAUCAGUGACUGAACUGUUGCUUUCUCAUGAUGGUAAUCAAAUACUUGAAGGUUGUGUGACAAAUUUUUUCGUUGUUUGCCGCAAGGAUUGGGAUUCAGAUGAUGGGAAGGUCCCAUAUGAUUAUGGAAAUAAAAACUAUUUUGAAGUGCAGACAGCUCCUAUCAAUGAUGGUGUUCUUCCAGGAAUUAUACGCCAACUAGUGCUUGAGGUAUGCAGGGACGAAGGAAUCCCAUUUCGAGAAGUUGCACCGUCCUGGUCAAAACAUGAAAUCUGGGAGGAAGCAUUCAUCACAAGUAGCUUGAGGCUUUUGCAACAUGUAGAUAGUAUUCAGGUUCCAACAGAAUGGCAAUCCGCCCAUUCUAAAACGUGGAAGGAUAUAUCAUGGGCAAAAAAGCAAUUUCAGGGUGGACCUGGGAUGAUCACUACUUUAAUCCAGGAAAAGGUUGUGGAGAAAGCAAUUUUGGAAGGGUACUCAAUAAGUAACAUAUGUACAAGGUGAAGAUCUUACUUCUUUGUUGGGAUGAAAUGGACAGUAAAUGACUUUCUCUUUUUCCCCUCUUAGAUUGGCCUAUAACACCAACAAUACGGUGAUUUCUCAAUGAGUAGAUGAAAAUGUAAUCACUUGAAAGAAGUCCAAUUUGCUGAUAUGGAGUUGAAAACUAUAUUCAUAUUUUUAAAAUAAAAGUAG